CAAGCCUUCACGGAGAGACGCAGUCACACAGAGCCUCAGGACACAAGAGGAGUUACCAUGGCCAGAGUGCCUGACAUGUUUGAAGAGCUCAGUUCCUGCAACAGUGAAAAGGAGGGAUUGAUUUCGGAUAUUGACCAAGUCUCACUGAGUCAGGAGUCCUUCUACCCUACCUCCAGCCCACACCACAAAGAGAAUUGGACAAAAGUAGAGACUUCUGAGGAGACACGCCAUCUUAACUUACAAGACUGUGUGGCAGAAUCAGCUGCCCAACAGGAAAUAGAAAAGAAGAGACAACUUACCCGGAGGCAUCCCAUCACCAAUGAUUACUCGGUGAACGUUGCCAACAUUCCAGAAGAAGAUAAAGAUGUAAUCAAAUACAAGUUGGCCUCCUUGACCUUUCAAAACAAGGUGGUGUUUGAGUUCCAGUCCUUUAUAACCGACCAAAAAGUGUGUGACCUUAAAUAUCGGAAUUUAAUUCGACGAGGAAACAUCCUGAGAGCUAUCGCUAUACAAAAGUCAACACCUGAAGCAACAUUUGACAUAGGCAGGUAUGUAACUCUAUCCCCUGCACCAAAUAAUGGGAUCGCUGUGACUUUAAGGCUCUCAAACACACACCUGUAUGUGACUGCAAUGAAGGAAAAUGAACCUAUACAGCUACAGGAGAUUCCAAAGACACCGACCGAGCUUGAUGGUUCUCAGAGUCCCAUCCUCUUCUACUGGACGGAGCACUACUCUUACGGCGGCACCUUUGCCUCUGUUGCCAAUCCAGAACUGCUUCUGGCUACCCAAAACAAGGACGCCCUAGUGUCCCCCAAAGUCCUCAUGAUCCUUCCACCCCUGAUGCCCCCGGAAGUCCCCAUGACCCCUACACUAUCUAAUGUCCCUCAAAGUCAUCAUGACCCCCACAGCCCUAGUGUCCCUCGAAGUCCUCCUGACUCCUACACCCCUAAUGCCCCCGGAAGUCUCCAUGACCCCUACACCCCUAGUGCCCCCCAUGCCCUAUAA